AUGCAGUCUCCCACCUUCGACAUGUGGAAGGACUACCUCCACUUGAGCCAGCUGGUGUUGGCGCUGGCCCAGAGUCGGAGCCCGAGGCCAGAGGACCAAGGCGUGAGUGAGCCGAGACCUGAGCCACCGCUGGGGCAGAGCGAGGGGCAGGGAGGGCCGGGGGCCGGCGGGGGCCUGUGCAACUUCUGCAAACACAACGGGGAGUCCCGCAACGUCUACGCCUCCCACCAGCUGAAGACCCCGGAGGGUGUGGUGGUAUGCCCCAUCCUGAGACACUACGUGUGUCCCCUGUGCGGGGCCACCGGGGGCCAGGCCCACACGCUCAAGUACUGCCCGCUCAGCAGCAGCCAGCAGUCCCUGUAUCGCCGUAGUGGCCGCAACUCGGCAGGCCGCAAGGUUAAGCGCUGA